GGCAGCAGGCUUCUUCCCUAAUUCUCCCAAUUUCCAAAUUCCAUUCAGAUAAGGACUUAACUUCUUAUUCCCAAAGAAAAAGAGAUUGAAAGGGAAAAAUGAUUUGGAAAAGGAAUUAAAUGUGAUAUAUCCCCAGUCCCUCUACAAAGCCCCUUUCUUUCCUCUUUCAAGCUUAAGUUUGCGAGAGAGGAAAACUCAGUAUACUUUAUUAAACAAAAAAAAAAGAGUAAAAACGAUGGACGGAGUUUUAUCUCCGGCCGAUCAGCAGAGCUUAGUCUCUUCGUUUCUGGAAAUCGCCGUCGGCCAAACUGCCGAUACCGCUCGUCAAUUUCUUCAGGCCACAAGUUGGAAGCUUGACGAAGCUAUUCAGCUUUUCUAUAUAGGAAAUGAGGGUGGGGCGGCAACAUCAUCUGCACAAUCUCCACAGUUGGAAAGUGAUUUACCCUUGGAUGAUCCAAGCUUGAGGAGUGGAACAAGAACAGACUUGGAAGACCAAAAUAUAAGACAAGGUGAUGGAGAUGAUGUACGGCCACCUUUACCUGUAAUAAGGGAUGUACUCUAUGACAACACAAUGCUUUUUGGUGCGUCAAGAAUGGGGGGUUCAUCUAAUGAAGCUCGUACAGUAGUCCCCUUCCGCAAUUUUGAGGAGGAAUUGAAACGACCUGGUGUCUGGGAAACAGAGAAUGGUUCUGCAUCUACUGUGGACAAGUCUCAAUAUAAUCUUGCUUCGUUAUAUCGUCCUCCAUUUGCUUUGAUGUACCAGGGAUCCUUUGAAAAGGCAAAAGAUGCUGCUAGAUCACAGAACAAAUGGCUUUUGGUAAAUUUGCAAUCUACGAGGGAAUUCAGCUCGCAUAUGCUCAAUCGUGAUACAUGGGCCAAUGAAGCUGUUGCUCAAACUAUUAAAAGUAAUUUCAUCUUCUGGCAGGUAUAUGAUGAUGCAGAAGAGGGCAGUAAGGUCUGCACCUAUUACAAAUUAGAUUCUAUUCCUGUUGUUAUGGUGAUUGACCCUGUGACUGGUCAAAAAAUGCGCUCUUGGCGUGGAAUGGUUCAACCAGAAACUUUGUUGGAGGAUCUUUUACCUUUUAUGGAUGGUAGCCCAACAGAUCAUCAUGUGAAUCUAUCUCAUAAACGGCCCAGAGAGAGUCCUGUCAUUCGUCCUCACCGAGUUCAAGGUGAGACUGAAGAAGAUGAGGAUAUGCUUCGGGCAUUGGCUGCUUCAAUGGAAGGUGUGAAAGAUAUGGAUAAAAAGGAAGCUGAUGAUGUUGACGAAUCACCACAAACAUUGUUAACCAAGAACCCUGCUUAUCCACCACUGCCCGAAGAACCCAAGGGUGACAAGAAUCUUCUCUGCAGGGUUGGCGUAAGGCUUCCUGAUGGACGCAGACUUCAGAGGAACUUUCUUCGGUCUGACCCAAUUCAGUUGCUGUGGUCUUUCUGCUGUUCUCAGCUGGAGGAAGCCAAGACAAGGCCAUUUCGCUUGACACAAGCUAUCCCUGGGUCCAAGUCCUUGGACUACAGCAUAGAUUUAACAUUCGAGGCAUCAGGGCUUGCUAACUCCAUGAUAUCAGUUACAUGGGAAUGAAGACAAGGUUCAGAGUCAGCGGCUAAAAUUGUGCCAAAAAGCUUCUGUUAUUUGACUGCUGUAAUCUUGUAGUAUCCCUUCUUUUGUUGCUAUUUCCUGACUUUUUGAGUCUCUUGGAAGGGAAGGCUGUGGAAUGAUUGAAGUUAUACGUUCCCCUUGCGUAUCAUGUAAAUAUUGGACAGUGGAUUUUCUAUAUUUAUAUACACACAUAUAUAUAUCUGAGAGUUUUGCUCCUCCUCAA